AUGAAAGUGCGACAUUUUUUUGCGGGUAUCCUUAUAGGCAUUCCUAUUGGGAUCACCUUUUUGGAUACAGUUGGUUACGUAGCUAAAGUAGAAGGAGUUUCUAUGCAACCAACUUUGAAUCCAGAUGAGAGGAAUCCAGAUUAUGUUUUUUUGAAUCGUCGAGCAAUUCGCACCCAAGAUAUUCAACGCGGUGAAAUAGUAACUGUUAAAUCUCCAAAAACUCCAGAACAAAUUUUGAUUAAACGUGUUGUGGGACUUUCUGGAGAUAUAGUACGCACACAUGGGUAUAAAUCAGAUAUUUUUCAGGUACCAGAAGGUCAUUGUUGGGUAGAAGGAGAUCAUAUUGGACGAUCUAUGGAUUCUAAUACUUUUGGACCUGUUUCUCUUGGAUUAAUAACAGCAAAAGCUACUUCCAUAGUCUGGCCACCUAGCCGUUGGCAAUAUCUUUAUCCUUCCAUGUCAAAUCACAAUUUUCCAUUAAAUUCACCAAGAAUACCAAGAUAA